UUGCUGCGGACGCCCCGACGUCAUGACGCAGGGGCGGGGCCUGUCAUGUUUUAUUUACUGCGCUUAUUUAUUUAUUUGUGUUGUGUCCCUCCGAGGCCGGAGCGGAGCGCGCUGCGGUCACCUGUGUGAUGUCAUCCAUGCGGGGGUUAAAAGUGCCACGGGAGAUCGAUCCAUCUGCGACACCCGCACCGAUUCACGCACAACCCCGCAGCCAGGCGCCAACACAAUGAAGCCAGAGAACAAUAGUGGCGCGCGGCGCUUCUUUCCGCCCGCUGGCUGCUUCACGCUCGUGCGGUGAUCGACGGGGCCUAGUUCGUGCGGAGGGUUACCGCGGAGCGUGCGGUUGAUCGCGGUGCUCGGUGAGAAGGAGCCGUUGUGUGUUUUGAAGCCCCCCGGGAAGGAGCGGAACACGCUGUAACGUGCUGAGGGGAGAGAGAGAGAGAGAGAGAGAGAGAGAGAGAGAGAGAGAGAGAGAGAGAGAGAGAGAGAGAGAGAGAGAGAGAGCAAGAGAGAGAGAGAGAGCGAGAGGGGGAGAGGGAGGGGAGUGAAUGGGCACGACUCCGCCAGCAGCACUGCGCCCUUCAUCCACAUCCAGUCCUUCGGUCAUCGGUUCGACCCGCCGCGGGUCCGGGAGGCCGUCCCGGGAGCGAGCCGGAGCGCCCGGAGCGAUGGGCCGGCUGUGAGGCGGCGGCAGCCCCGGAGCUAGCAGCAGCCUGGCGGAGCAGCGAACAAGGAAGCGGACGGCUAGCAGCGCUGAAGCUAACGGCGGCUAACCGAGAUUCAUUCUAAUGAGCGAGCCAGGAGCAUGCGACCUGAUACCGAGAGCUGACUUGUUGGGGCAUGUCGGGCAGUAAGGCGCUGGGCGGGGGGGCCGGCGGCGGCGGCGGAGCGAGGCGCAGGCGGACGCGGUGCCGGCGCUGUCAGGCCUGCAUGAGGACGGAGUGCGGAGAGUGCCACUUCUGUAAGGACAUGAAGAAGUUCGGAGGGCCCGGCCGCAUGAAGCAGUCCUGCCUCCUGAGGCAGUGCACGGCGCCGGUGUUGCCGCACACGGCGGUGUGUUUUGCGUGCGGGGAGGCGGGGAAAGAAGACACCGUGGACUCGGAAGAGGAGAAGUUCAGCAUGUGUCUGAUGGAGUGCACCAUCUGCAACGAGAUCAUCCACCCCAGCUGUCUCAAGAUGGGUAAAGCUGAAGGAAUCAUAAACGAUGAGAUUCCAAACUGUUGGGAGUGUCCAAAGUGCCACAAGGAGGGUAAAACCAGCAAGGACCAGGCGGACGGCUCGGGGAAGCGGCGGCUGGACAACGGAGAGGUUGGACGGUGGAAGCUCACGGACGACCCGCCCCCAAAGAAGAAGGCCCCGCCGUCCCUGGAGGAGGUGGGGAGGACGGACGGGGGACACAAGAGGAAGAAGGAGAAGGAGCUGCCAGCGGACAGCGGGGCCAAGAAGAAGAUGAAAGGUGUCCACGAGAAGCGUCUGAAAAAGAAACCCAAACAGGAGAUGCUUGAAUCCAACGCCUCCCUCCUCAGGGGAGGAGCAGGACUGCCGGGCUCCUCCUCCUCCUCUUCCUCCUCUCAGCCCGGCGGCGGCGGCGUGGGCGGGGCGUCGAGCGUGGACCAGCGCUCCCACCACAGGGAGAAGCUGGAGCGCUUCAAGAGGAUGUGUCUGCUGGAGCGCCGCCCGGAGUCGUCGUCGUCUUCCUCCUCCUCCAGCUCCGAGUCCGACUCCGAGUCCGACUCCGACGACUCCAUGAGGGGGGACCAGGGAGGAGGCUCCUCCCCCUCGUCCUCCUCCCCCGCGCCGCCUCCGCCCGUCGUCUACGGAAACAACAGCGGGAGCCGAGCGGAGCGGGAGAGGAGCCGCAGCGAGCGGGAGAGGGAGCGGGAACGGGAGAGGGAGCGCGAGCGGCGGCUAGCCGAGCUCGGCUUCAGCGCCAGCGAGGAGUCGGAGGGGGAGGUGGUGAGGGGGGAGGAGGACGAGCGGGAGGAGGAGGCGUCCACGGGCGGCGGGGACAAGGCCCGGCGGCGGGGCGCAGGAGGAGGGGACAUGGGGUUACUCUCACGAGGGAGGAAAGGAGGAAUCAUGGACGGCGAGGAGGAAGACACGCCCACCUCCGACAGGACCCGCAAAAACUCCACCUCCCUCCCCCCGCCCUCCCCUCUCUCAUCCAAUCAGCUGCCGCCGUCCUCGCAGCACGACGGCUUCAUGCCGAAGCAGCGCAGCAACGGGCAGGAGGCGCGCAACGGACGGACACGAGGAGGGAGGGAGGGCGGGGAGAAGGAGAACGCCAGCGCCGGUCUGACCAAUCACAGACACAGCGGUGGAGGAGGGGGCGGGGCCAAAGUCAGCGGGAGCCGGAGCAACAAGAUCCGUAGCAACAGCAAGAACCCGACGUCGCGGAGCUCCUCCUCCAUCCCCACGUCCAACGGGGGAGGGGGCGGGGUCAGCGGCCUCAUGAUGUCGGCGAUGGCGGCGUCGCCGUGCUCGCAGCCGUCCCGCGUGGCGCCGCGCUCGCAGAUGAUGAAGCGCAGCCCGCCGGCCGUGCCCUCGCCGCCGCGGCCCGUGCAGAUGGAGCGACACCUGGUGCGGCCGCCGCCCACCUGCCCCGAGCCCAGCUGCCUGCCUCUGGACUGUGGCUCCGCCCACAUCAUGACCCGCGACGUGUGGCUGCGAGUCUUCACCUACCUGAGCCACCGCCAGCUCUGCGUCUGCAUGAGGGUGUGCCGCACCUGGAGCCGCUGGUGUUGCGACAAGCGGCUGUGGACGCAGAUCGACCUGAGCCGGCAGCGCUCCAUCACCCCCCCGAUGCUGAGCGGGAUCAUCCGCCGCCAGCCCGUCUCCCUCAACCUGGGAGACACCAACAUCUCCAAGAAGCAGCUCAUGUGGCUCAUCAACCGGCUGCAGGGCCUGCUGGAGCUGAACGUGGCGGGCUGUCCGUGGUCGUCAGUCUGCGCUCUGUGUCAGACCGUCUGUCCCUGCCUGAAGCUGCUGGACCUCAGCAGGGUGGAGGACCUCAAAGACUCCCACCUGAGGGAGCUGCUGGCCCCGCCCCCUGACAGCCGCACAGCUCACGGGGAGACCAGGACGGGCCGCUUCCAGAACGUGACGGAGCUGCGGCUGGCGGGUUUGGAGCUGACGGACGCGUCGUGUCGCCUCCUGGUGCGCUACGUCCCCCACCUGACCCGGCUGGACCUGAGCCACUGUGUCCACAUCACAGACCAGGCGGUGCACACCCUCACCUCCCCCCUGUCCCCCCUGAGAGAGAGCCUCACCUACGUCAACCUGGCAGGUUGCGUGAAGGUGACGGAGCAGUGCAUCCCGCUGCUGCGCCGCUGCUCCUCCCUGCAGACGGUGGACUUGCGCUCGUGCUCCCUCCUCUCCUCGGAGGCGGGACAGCUGCUCUCCUUCCCCUCCUCUUCGUCGUCGGCCUCCUCCUCCUCUUCCUCCUCCUCCUCCUCGGCCACCACUACCACCACUGCUGCUUCCUCCUCUUCCUCCUCCUCCUCUUCCUCUUCCUGUCCGCCGGAAGACAGGACGCUGCUAAAGAACAGCUAAAGCCCGCCUCUGCGCCAUGUGACAGAGCGUUCAUUGGUCCAGGUGUCCCACAAGCCCCGCCCCCUCUCCUUGGUACACUACAGACACACGAGGGAGGAGGAAGAGGGGGAGCGCCGUCUCUCCUCGCACUGGACAAGAUUGAGUUUUACUGGAGAGCGGAGCGACCACAGAGGAGAAGAGAUGCAUCAUGGGAAAAUUAAGUGUACAUAAUUGUUGUCUGGAUGUAAAUAUCUGUAGUUUACUGUAAAUUACCUCCUGUCAAUCAUCAUGUCCGCCGACGCAUCACCACCGUCACUUUGUGUGUCAGCCGGCCUGAAGCUCCGCCCCCUGCGUCGGGAGCGAGGUUCGGAGGGCCGCUCGUCCGUCCGUCCGUCCGUCCGAUGGAGAUCAAACGGGGGGAGGCUUGGCUCCUUACCUCAUGGUUCGCUCUGUGACUCCCGCCCCGUCGGCCCACAGACGCCGCCAGUGUUCCGCUUUCCUUUCAAUCAGUGUUCUUCUGCGUGACGGUGGGAAACGCUCCACUCCGCUUUGUUUACAGACCCGCGGCGGCGGCGAUGCCACGCCCCCAGCGAGGCCGGCGUCCAGUGAGGAAACGGCGUCUGUGUGAGCUCGAAUCAAGCGAGGCUUCCUGAAUGUAAAUCUCAAAACAAGAUUCCACUGUUUGAUGAUGGUGAUGAAGAGCAGGUCGGUUUGAAAAAACCACUUCCGAUUCAAACCUGCUCUCGAUGCCUUUGUUUUUUUGGGGUUUUUUUUCCUUCUUUCCGUCUUUCUUUAGCCAUCAUCAGAUUGAAUCGUCAGGGUCCAAAUCUCCCCUCUGAUUGGUCGUUUGUCUCCGACUCGUCCGUCUGGAUCCGUCCCCUGUGGAGUUCGGGUCUUUAGAGCAAAGCGUUCGCCGUCCGGAUCUCGUUUCGCUUCCGAAAGCGGGUCGAUGGGAGAAGCUCGGGGUCGCCCGACUCUUCCGGAGCCUCGGAGAAAAGACGACAUAACGACCGAGCGUUUCCUGAAUGUCUCCACAAACACAGUCAGUCGUCACACGGCAGGGCCGCAGCUCCAAAUACUGAAAAUCUCCAAAAUGCAGAUGAUCAAAUCAAAUCGUACGUUUUCUGUGGUCCAGUCGUGAUUCAGCGCCUCAGCCUCUCCUAGCGGGACUUUCUCUUACGUUUUUGUUCACUGAAGACGCGAACAAAAUCAUGUCGACUUUCAACAUUUCAACCUGUGCAAUCUGCGCUUCGCCAACAGUCCGACGAACUCCAGAGAAUCACUGCAGGAAUGGGAAGUUUCUGUUCAAUAGUCACAACAAACGCUCUCAACAAAUUAGGUUUUCUAAAAGCUUUGAUUUCUCUCAAAUUCUGGAAGGAAAAAAAUCAAAUUUGCUUUAAAACUAAGAUUUUUUUUCCCCUCAUAAAAGUUUCAGUGUCAAAAAAUUCCAAAGUGACUUUUCAGUUGGUGUGAAAGUAUUUUACGGUUCGAAUCAGGAAACGUUUAAGCUGAUUUUACUCCAGUUUCGUUGUGAAUGAAUCUGUUUUCUCUCUGCUGGUAAAGAUGGAAAAUCCUCAGAACUUCCCUGCGACUUCUCCUGGUUCUGGAUUUUACUUGAGUUUCCUCUGAUUUGUCUGGAUUAGUUAAGUGGCGAUCUGACGCCGUUCAGCUGAUUCACAUUUUAUCGAGCAUAUCAGAACCUCGGCCUGACCUCCGAAGAUUUUAUGAAUUGAACCAAAAUUCAUCAGAUUCUUCAUUCGCUGUUGUAAAGUCUCGGAUUGUCUCCCGAUCUGGAUGCGAGGCCUUCGUUUAGAUUCUGAGUCGAGUUCAUUUUCUUGCGUUUCCAUGACGAACAGGGUUUCAGAUCUGCUCCUUUGUGUUUCAGCUACUUGAGAUUGCGAGUUUGGAUCCGUUCAUGACGUCCUGUGAAAGCAUCUGAUCGAGGAGGCUGUGUUUCCUUGAGUAUUAGACUUCCUGCGGAUGUUUUUUUACUUGGACUUCAUGGCUGGAUUUUCAACCGUAGUUUAAUUUUGUUUUUUUUCAGGUGAGGAGCGGGAUCGCAUGUUCACGUUUGACUGCAAUGUUUCUGUUCGCUAACUGUGAAACCGACAAUUUGAAAGAGCGCACAACCGAAAACUGACAAAACGAAAACCAGAAAUGCACGCCCGCUGUGCACUCCUCACCUGCAGGGGGCGUGCUUUUAUGAUAUCAUUUUGCUAAAUGGGUUAGAUGGUAAGAAAUCAGGUUAGUUGCGAUAAAUUCAGAUUUGGCCUCGAAGUCAGUUUGGAUUAACUGAAAAUUGUCGUUUCUCCCAUAAAUUUGUUUAAAAAAGAAAACUAAAAAAAAAAAAAAAAAUCAGUAUUUUAACAUCGCCUGUUAUUUCGCUGCUUUGUUUCCGAACAUUUGUCGUUUAAAUUUUUUGCGUCUCGAAUCUGGACGAUGACCCGGUGAAUGUGGGGAAAUCUUAAGUAUUGUUGGGUGCGAUAAACUUUGUGUGCCAUAAACGCAGCACGUGUCCUGUUGGAGUCACUUUUUAUACUUUAUUUUUCUAUCAGUUGUUUUUGUUUUUUUACUGUACUGAGGGGGGCGGUGCCUCUGCCUAAGCAAUGAGUGAGGAGAUCAAAUCUGAUUGGACGAUAACUCCCGAAAGCUCUUAUCCAAUCAGAAGCCCUGACAUAUCUCACUUUGUAAAUCUGGACUUCAUGUGUUUUGUUGAUGUUUUUUAAAGAUGCACUGGAUCAUCGUCUUCAUCAUCCUCAACUUUUUUUUUGCCAAAUGUGUGGGGUUUUUUUGGGGGGUGAAUUGGGGCAUUUUCUCCAUUUUUGUUUUUUGUUGUGCUUUGUUAAUUUUUUUUUUUUUUUUUUUUUUAAUGAUUUGUCCCUGACUCUUCUUCUGUUGUGUUGAUGAAAAGUGAGGAAGGAACAAAAGGAGACAAAAAGACCAACUCAAGGCAGCUACGUAUGAGUGACUACUGUAAAAUGACUAAUAAAGAAACAAUGGGUUUGUUUU